AUGUUAACAGACUUUCAGUUAUCAAAGUAUCUCCAAUAUCAAGAUUGUAUUGAUAAUUAUCAGGUUGCUCUAAAGAGUCUAUAUUUUCGUCUAGUUCAAAAUAUGUUUCAAAACGUGGUUCAAGGAGUGGCUCAGAAAGUGGUUCUGAAAGUAGUAAGUAGUCUGGGAAGUGGUUCAGAAGGUGCUUUAGGAAGUGGUUCGAAUGGUAUUUCAGGAAGUAGUUCAGAUGGUAUUUCAGGAAGUGGUUUGAAUGGUAUUUCAGGAAGUAGUUCAGAUGGUAUUUCAAAAAGUAGUUCAGAAAGUAUCAGUUCAGAAAACUGCUUAAAAGGUGAUUGUAGUUCAGAAGGAAGCUCAGAGAGUAACUCAAAAAGUGGUUUAGCAAGUAGGUCAGAAGACUUAGAAAAUAGUUCAGAUGGUAGUAACUUAUGUGAUAAAGAGUUUAUAUUAAAAAGUUGUGAAUAUAGUGAAAGGUUUUUAUUAAAAGGUUCAAAAUAUGGUGAGAAAGAGUAUAAACCAUGA